AUGGCGUCCAAGUCAAGUGUCCCGACGCAAAAUGACAUUCUCGUCCCCGAGACACUCCUAAAGAAGCGGAAGUCUCAAGAGAAGGCCCGCGAGGAGCGCGCGCUUGCGACGAAGGAAAAGCGAGACAAGAACAAGAAGAAGCGGGACGUCAUCUUCACAAGGGCUGAAAAGUAUGUGAAGGAAUACCGCGAUGCGGACAAGGAGAGGAUACGGCUGUCUCGCGAGGCCAAGAAGGUUGAUAGCCUUUAUGUGCCUGAGGAGCCCAAGCUCGUCUUCGUCGUUCGCAUCAAGGGUAUCAACAAGAUCGACCCCAAGAAGCGCAAGACGCUGCAGCUUCUGCGCCUUCUUCAGAUCAACAAUGGUGUUUUCAUCAGGCUCACCAAGGCUACGUUGGAGAUGUUGAAGAUUGUCGAGCCCUUUGUCGCCUAUGGCUACCCGAACCAGAAGUCGGUUCGCGAACUCGUCUACAAGCGUGGUUAUGGCAAGGUUGAUAAGCAGCGUAUACCGUUGACGGACAACGAGCUGAUCGAGGAGAACAUGGGCAAGUACGGCAUGAUUUGUAUGGAGGACUUGAUCCACGAAAUCUACACGGUCGGCCCCAACUUCAAGCAGGCGUCCAACUUCCUAUGGCCGUUCAAGCUGAACAGCCCGACGGGCGGCUUCCGUAAAAGGAAGUUUAAGCACUUCAUCGAGGGCGGUGAUUUGGGUAACCGGGAAGACAAGAUCAACGAGUUGAUCAGGCAGAUGAAUUAA